AUGGAUAAGGUGCAUGGUGAUGAUGCUCAAUUGGCUGCUAUGGGCCAUAGGGCCGAAUUGAAGCGCAAUUUCUCGAUGCUGUCGAUGCUGGGGUUGGCUUUUGCUAUUUUGAAUUCAUGGACAGCCCUGUCUACAAGUUUAUCACUGAGUUUGCCUUCCGGAGGGUGUGUCAGUGUUGUCUGGGGUCUUAUUACAGCGGGUCUCUGUAAUCUGUGUAUAGCGACGUCGCUGGCUGAGUUUCUUUCGGCUUAUCCUACCGCUGGCGGACAGUAUCAUUGGGUUGCAGUCGCCUGGGAGAGGUGGAUGCCGAUUCUUUCGUGGAUCACUGGCUGGGCCAAUGUUUCCGGAUGGGUCGCCCUGACUGCUACCGGUGGGCUGCUGGGCAGCGAACUGGUUAUUGGUGUCAUUUCCUUGAUGCAUCCGACAUAUGAAUCCGAACGGUGGCAUCAAUUCCUGAUUUACAUUGCGUAUAACGUUAUCGCUUUUAUUAUUAACGCGCUUAUGAACUCUGCGCUUCCCUUGUUUACGAAGAGCGCCUUCAUUUGGUCCCUUACUGGGUUUACCGUUAUUUGCAUUACCGUCCUGGCAUGUUCUUCGCCGGACUUUAACUCGGGGAAGUUCGUCUUCGGCCAGUUUAUCAACCAGACAGGCUGGCCCGAUGGUAUCGCUUGGUUACUUGGACUUCUUCAAGGUGGACUCGGAGUCACUGGAUAUGAUGGCGUCGCCCACAUGAUCGAAGAAAUCCCCAACCCUUCCGUCGUCGGACCCCGGAUCAUGAUCGGCUGCGUUGUUAUUGGUAUCGUUACCGGCUCGAUCUUCUUGAUUGUCCUCCUCUUCGUCGCUGGAGACAUUGAUACCAUCAUCAACUCCUCUGCGGGACCGUUGCUGGCGAUUUUCAAACACGCGACGAGCAACAAUGCCGGUGCUAUUUGCUUGCUUAUUUUCCCUCUCGUGUGCAUGCUUUUCACAACCACCAGUAUCAUGACCACAAGCAGUCGGAUGGUCUACGCCUUCGCAAGAGACGGCGGCCUCCCCGCAUCCCCCUUCUUCUCCAGCGUCCACUCGAAGCUCAAAGUCCCUCUCAACGCACUAUACUUCACCGUCGUCCUGGUCAUCAUCUUCGGCUGCAUUUUCCUCGGCUCGUCUAGCGCUUUCAAUGCCAUUGUCUCUGCUUCCGUCGUUAUGUUGGAUAUUGCGUACGGUAUCCCGAUUGCAGUGAACUGUCUACGGGGACGGAAUAUGCUUCCGGAAAGACAAUUCGUUCUUCCUAAUGUCGUUGGAUGGAUUCUUAAUAUCGUAUGUUUCCUUUUCCUUUUUCUUUCUUUUUUUUUCAUGUACUAUGGGAAGGUUGCUAACUAUUCAGGUCUCUCUUGUUUAUAUUUCUCUGACUACCGUGCUCUUCCUGUUCCCGCCUGA